CAUUGUCGAGUUUAAAGCAGCAAAUGUCAAAUACUCAAAAGUACUUCAAGCAGUGAUUGUGAUUGAUGUAACGUUGUUUCUUACGAGUAGACUCGAGACCGGUUGUCUUCAUGUAAAUUUGCUAUACUUGUUGUUGUUGUUGUUGCAUUAAAGAAUAAUGUCGGACGAAGAAGACACAGCGAUACUAUUAAACAAUGCAAAUAAAACGAUCGAAAUGUAUGUAAACAAAGUUCCGAACGAAGAUUAUCAGUGCCUGCCUCCAACGAGCUUGAGAAAGCCAAUUCCAAAGCAAAACGAUAAUUUAACACCGUUAACAUCGAGAAAUCAAAAUGUUUUUGUUUCCAUGGUUGCAGUUCUAGCAGGUAUUGCUUUCGGAUGUGACAUGGGUGUAGCAAAGCCUAUAGCCCCUUUAAUUAAACAUGAAUUCAACUUGCAUUGUUUCGAAAGAGACUUUGUUAUUAGUAUCUGGUUUAUUGGGGCUCUUCUUGGUGGUUUAACCGGUGGCUUUUUAAUCGAUUCGUUCGGCCGACGUUGGAUCAUGAUAUUAACAAUGCUGUUUCUAACCUUUGGUGCUACGUUAUCCGCACUGGCGAAUCAUUACAUUCUGCUUCUGGUCGCGCGAAUAAUUUGCGGUUAUUCGGGAACCGUUUCAGCUGUGGCGCAUUGCAUUUAUAUGGCAGAAGUCUCCGACUCGAAUAUACGCGGAUACAAUGUAAUGUUGUAUCAGUUGGGCACAGCUAUCGGAUUUCUGAUGUCUGUCAUCGCCGCAGCUGUAAAAAGUAUAGACUACCAAUGGCGAUUUUCCAUCGGUAUAACGGCUGUUCCCGCCUUGGCCGCCUGUAUUAUUACCAUAAUAUUUCUCCAACGAUCACCGCCAUUUUUGCUCUACAAACGUAUGGCAAAUGUGUCCAAGACACCCUCGCAGAAUCCUUGGAACACGAUUCUCAAAAUAAUGACAAUCAUGGUGUUCUUAUUGAUAUUGCAACAGGGCACUGGUAAACGGCAAGUCUUGUAUUACGCGCCGAGAUUGUUCGCGUUGUUGGGCAUCUGUUCGAAUGUUGCUGAAAUCACAGCUUUAAUAUCUCUUGGCGUUGUGAAGGUGUUCAGCACGAUGCUUUCGUUGAUCGUAGUGGAAAGAUGCGGACGUCGAACGGCGCUGAUUACGUCAGCAACUAUAUGCAUGACAACGAUAUCGUUGUUGUCGUUACUGGCUACAAUAGACAGAGGCGACGAUACCACGGACGUAUUAAUUCCUCGCUGUAAAAACUACCAUAACGAGGAAAUUAAACUCCAAACCGCUAUGCCGGCUGGAUCUCCGCCACCGUUCCCGUUGCUACCGACUCCGCUGGCCAUAACAGCUCCUAGUCCAGAAACAUGGACUCAAGUGAAAUCAUCCUGCGAAACGCAAAAUAUUGUUGUAUCCGAGGGGCUCACCGGCGGUUUACGUAUUCUAGCGGUAAUAACGUUGCUCGUCUAUGAGGCAGCCUACGCUUUAGGACUUGGUCCUGUGCCGCUGUUAAAUCUUACGGAAGUGUUCCCCGCAGCGAUACGAGGAAGAUGCAUCAGUUUCAUUUCCAUCGUAAUAAUUGUAACGCAUAUUAUCGCCACUGAAUCGGUGAUCGCAAUGAUCAAAUCAUUAACACUGGCCGGAUCGUAUCUGUUUUAUAGUUUCAUGUGUCUGGUCACUGUAUGUUACGUUUUUCUACUUAUCCCGGAAACGAAGGGCAAAUCGUUGCAACAAGUUGCUCAAGAAUUACGGAAAUUAUCUCUCGGGACACGAGUAUGCAACAAUCUGCGGAGCCUGCCGCUGAUAUGUCACAUCAAAUGGAUUAAAAAAUACGAUGGAAAUGUGAGUACCGGUCAGAGCACUUUAAUUUGA